AUUCAUUUCAUCAUACAUGCUACCGUAUCAGAGACCCUCGUGUGACAGUAGAUUUUUACUCUAGAGUCUUGGGCAUGAAACUAAUAGCGACCUUUCCCCUAGAGAACCUCAAGACCACAAUGUACUUUAUGGGGUACACAGAAGAGGGGGAGACCGUGCCGUCUGACCUCAAAGAACGGAUGCAGUUUCUUUUCCACAGAAAACAGCACACGCCAGUGCUCGAGUUUCUCCACAACUGGGGAACGGAAAACAUGCCCGACCUAAAGUUUCAUGAUGGAAACAAGGCGCCAAAGGGAUACUCUCACAUAUGUGUGGCUGUUCAAGAUGCGGAUGCUGAAACAAAACGUGUAGCCAAUUUAGGAGUCCGCAUUAUCAAAGAAGCUGGUGGUCAGGGCAUUGCUUUUAUAGAGGACCCAGAUGGAUACUGGGUAGAAUUCCUCGAGGGAGAUCGUCUAGGAUCGCCAGGAGACCCAAACAUUGACGUCACGGAGCUGAACGCAGCCAUUGCUUUCUAGGAAUCCCAGGCCACAUGAGAUUAAUUCUGGUUUCAGCAAAAUGCAUCAGAUUUAUGAUUUCUUCCUUUUAAUGGUCAGAGUUAUUGAUCUAGUUUCUCAGUAAACUUGGGAUUUAGUGGCCAAACAGAGAUAUCUUGUGAAAAAUAGUCUUUCUUCGGGGCAGCAGAUGCAUCGGACAGGAAUAUACAGUUUUAAAGGAGCCAAGUAAUAAAGUGGCUUCGACUCGGGAAAUGACAUCUAUUGUAAGAAUUUUAAACUGAAAGCCAAAACCAAUCUACAUGUAUUCAUCAAUGCCAUGACAAGUAGGCAGCAGACAAACUGCUGCACAAAUCGGGAACGGGUUUCUACAAGAUCCGCAAAAUUUCCAAACCUAAUCUAGACAUAUUGGAACUGGAAAAGAAUUUACAAGCUGAAUAUCUCAGUACAAGAUAAGAAAACUGUAAUACUUUCUUAAGGCUGUUUAGGUUUUCACUUCAAAUAUCGUCUACUACCCGUUUCAGACGAGAGUAUUUUGGUUUGUUACCAAUGUCCGACUGUAUGCAUUUGAUCGGGUCCUUAUUCUUUUUUUCACAUACUUUGAUACAUUGUGCGCACUGUGCAGUUAAGGAAUUUUCGAAAACUUGUUUCAUAUUAAUAAACAUUAAUGUAGACCACGCUUUUUCAAAUACCUGUAUUUUUUAUGCAAUCUGUUCCAGAAAAUUCACCCUGUAAAAAUAUCAACUCACCUCUCC